AGUCAUGUGACUCAUUACAGCAUCAGAAUAGACAAGAAUUCACUGUGAGCUUCACAUCUCAUUACAGCUAAUGGACCAAUCAAAUCAGUCCACAGCUUCAAAACAUCCAAUCAGGCGUGAGUCUGGACCUGCUUUUCUACUGAACUCACAAGUUCAUUACCUCACUAUCACUUUGUCUAAACAGGAACGAUGAUCACACUCUUUGUCGCGCUUUACUCUCUUUUUUCUCUCUGCACAGCUGUAAACACUUCUGACAUCAAGGAGCUUCAUGUGAAAACAGUAAAGCGUGGAGAAAAUGUAACUAUGGAGUGUAGCAAGAGCAAGGUCAAAGACAAAGAUAAGUUAGCUUGGUACAGACAGAGUUUUGGAAAAUUGCCUCAGUAUUUUGUAAGACAUUACAGCUCUAAUAGUGGCUACGCAUUUGCAGAGGGAUUUAAAGAUAGCCGCUUCAGUAUGACUGUAAAUGACCAGAAGUUUGAUCUCAACAUUAAAAAUAUGACAGAAGAUUAUGGAGGAGAAUAUUUCUGUGGAGAAGUGGAGGGAACUGCAAUAAAGUUCACAUCUGGAACACGUCUGCAGUUUGAAGGGUACAAUGAGGGUUCAAAGAGCAGUGAUGGAAAAGGAGACAACUUUUGGAUUAUUGUCUUAACGACCUCCAUUAUAAUAUCUGUUAUUGUAAUCGUGUUUCUGCUUGGAGUUUUAUAUAAAAAUCAGAGAAAAGGUGCUUCAUCAAGAAACCAUCAAACUCCCACCAAUCAGGCUGAUGAUGAAGAUGUCUUGAACUAUGCAGCUGUGAGUUUUGCUAAGAAACCUUCAUCCUCCAGAACAUCCAGAGACAAGAGCCAUGAAGACGUUUAUGCACAAGUUAAAAUAAAAUAAAGACAAAUGACUUCAGACUUGAAACACAACCAAAAUGUAAGUGUUAUUGCUGUUUCCAUGGUGAUUCCUAACAUCAUUCAUCUACUGAUUUGCUUCACUUGAUGGAUGAAGCUUUAAAAAAAUAUUUCUGAUCAAAAUGCUACAUCCUGCUGUUUUUUUUCUUUCUUGAAUGAAAGUCUUAUAUUUGGGAUUUUUUUCUCAGCAUUUUCUCUUGCACAUGAUUUCUAGAAUGUAAAAGAACAUUUUGUUUGAUUCUGAAGGUUAAAGUAUUAAAGAACGGCUCAUGGUUCACAUCUUGCUUUAACUUUUGUUUUUCAUUUAUUUUGCUUUGAAACAUAGGAGUUUUAUAAAGAGGAUAAAUCUGGUGAAUAUCGUAAUUAAUGUAGAUUAUCUGAACAUUUAGUAGUCAGUACAUCUGUAAAUGUAAAACUUUUAUACAUUUGAACAAUUUUCCAGAAAUACUGAGGACCUUUAAGGGGGCUGAGUAUAAAGACGAGUGUUUACUGCAUUACUGAUGAGAUUCCACUGUUUAACCUGAAAUUAAUCUCCAGGCAAUAAAUAUUCAAUUUCAUCAGAAAUGUAUAUUGAUGACUGAUGAAGUGUCGAGGUUUUCUUUAUCUUAAUGUUUUUACACAAUUUACAUUGUGCCUCCUUAAUAAAUUCCACAA